AUGGCUCCUCUCAAGGUCGGUGACUCUCUGCCCGAGGGCGUCAAGUUCGAAUGGGCACCCAUCACAGACGCUGAUCCUACCGCCUGCGGCCGUCCCCAGGAGUACGACGCAUCCAAGGAGUGGGCGGGCAAGAAGGUCGUGCUCGUCAGUGUCCCCGGCGCGUUCACGCCCGGCUGCCAGGCGCACCACCUGCCUCCGUACAUCCAGAAGCUGUCUGAGCUGAAGAGCAAGGGCGUCGACGUUGUUGCCGUGAUUGCGUCCAACGACUCGUGGGUCAUGAACGCUUGGGGCAAGGUCAACGGCGUCAAGGGCGACGACAUCCUCUUCCUCAGCGACACCAAGACCUUCUUCUCCAAGAACUACGGUUGGGCUGCUGGUAUGGGCGACAGGAACGGUCGCUGGGCUAUGGUCUUCGACAACGGCAAGGUCACGUACGCUGAGAACGAGAGCAAUCCCGGCCAGGUCACCGUCUCCGGUGCCGAGGAGGUUCUCGCCAAGUUGUAG